AUGAUUGUAUGCUUUGCUCUAAUUGCUUUUGCUGUGGCUGAACAUGGCAAUCGUGGUGGUUAUGGCGGACAAAAUGCUGGAUUUGGUGGACAACAGGUCCAUGGUCAACAAGGAGGUUAUGGUGGCCAUCAAGGUGGCGGUUUCGGUGGACAACAGGGCCAUGGUAAACAUGGUGGACAAAAUGCAGGAUUCGGCGGUCAACAAGGCGGUUUCGGUGGCCAACAGGGUCAUGGUCAACAUGGUGGCUUCGGAGGACAACAAGGUCAUGGUCAACAAGGUGGUUUCGGUGGCCAACAGGGACAUGGUCAACAUGGUGGUCGUGGUCAUCAAGGUGGUUAUGGCAAUCGUGGUUAUUAA